AUGAAAGUUGGCAUUGUGAACACAGGCAAUAUCGGAUUGCGUCUAGCCUUUGCCUGGAUUCGCCUUGGCCAUGAAGUCAUGCUCAGCAAAGAUACGCAUCCAGAACGGCUUCGAGAGCGCGUGCGAGAAUUUGGCCUGGAAAGAGGCAUUGGAGAGGAUGAGAUAGCCCGGUUUAAAUACGGUUCAAUCACGGGCGCUGCGAAAUUUGGUGAAGUUGUCGUUCUGUCGGCGUACUUCCCACGUCUGGCUCAUAUUCUGGAAGAGCUCCAGAGCGACGGCAUUACGCUUUCAGGUAAAAUCGUGAUUGAUACAAUGAAUCCGCUCAAUGUGGAUGCCACCUUCAAUCAUUACCAUGACUUCAGGUACAUGGAAAGAACCUCCAUUACGGAAGAGGUUCAGAGGGCUUUUCCAGAGGCAGUGCUUUUCAAAGCCUUCAAUUCUAUGCCUGCAACACUCUUAGAAGCCCAAAAGUGGACAUCUGGUCGUGUGCCACCUAUAAUUUUCGUUGGGGGAAACACAUCUUCUAUCGACACCAUUCGCAAGCUUAUCGAAGGCGUUGGAUUCAAGCCACGGUUUGCAGGCUAUGACUUGAAACAUUCAGGAUUGUUGGAGCGGAUGGGUAUAUUGUUACAUCUUUUGGUGGAGAAUGAAUAUGAUGGCAACGGCGAUGUCGUCUUUGACGUCAUGGAAAGGAGGGCCUGA